AUGAACGUGUUUCCGGUCAACAGCGAAAGACGAUACGUCCGCGUUGACGCUGAGACCAAGAGACUCUGCACCCUCAUCCGAACCAAGAGACAUUUGCCUCUCCCGGCUGGCCCAGACGCGAGACCCACCUUCCCGACCGAGUCAGGCUCGAUUGCAGACAUGUUCCGCGUUGUCGCCAAUCUACCUCGGGGCGCAGCUGUUGUGCUAGAUGUCAUCGAGGAGGUGAAGAAGAUGCCUUCAUUAUACCUCAGAUAUGGCUCUAUGACCGAAGUACUAGAAAAUAUCCGUGCCAAGAUGUCGAACUCUGAUGGAGCUAAAAGUUCUGUGCCCCUUCAGCCGUUCCGGGACUCGAACCAAGCAGUAAUCACAGACGCAGAGAAGAUCUUGUUUGGAUCAGAUAUCGGGAAAGCUCUUCAAGAGCAGUUUGGCAGAGGUGCCGACAAGCCAUGGGCAACACCAGACAUCGUCAACGCUUGCCACAAGUCCAUUCACCUGUUUCAGUUCUUCACCUCAGCUGCGCUUGGCGUCGAUACAUAUCUCCAGAGGAUUGUCAAGGGGGAAGUUCAAGAAAUGCUUCCGAAGCUUCGCCGAUCCCUGGGGAAUUCCCACGCUGUUCUCACUAUGCGAUUUUGCCAGCAAGUACUCGGUGCUAACUUCUCACUCAUGGAGAGACACGAGCGAGUCGAGGCGUUCAAGUCCUUUGGCGUCGAUGUCGACUACUUGAGCAAGGAUGAAUAUACAGAAGAGUUGGUUAAAGACAGAUUGAGCGACUUUUGCACACUUUACAAGAGCUUCUCGAACCAGUGUGGGAAUAUAGUUCAGCAAAGUGGCUUGGCCAUCUCAUAA